CUAUCAUUGCUCACCGUAUCCUUUAGCUUCACUCCAGCUUCACCUCACCCUCUGCGACAGUACCGCCAUCACCAGUACCUAUGCCACCAUGACGACCAAACCCCUUCUUGGUGAAACGGGCCUCACCCUCAAGGCACUCUGCGCAUCGUGCGGUCUCCCAAAAUCCGGCACCAAGCCCGUCCUCGUCCAGCGUCUCCGCCAUGCCGCGAGACAUUUCCAGCCCGUCCCCUCUUCAGCUCGCAUCCUCAGCAUCGACAUGGGCCUCAAGAACUUCGCCUUCUCCCUCAUCAGUCCAGCACCCCCAUCGAAGAAAAAAACCCUCUCCCCGAACGACACCCAGCUAGACUCCCCAAUCCGCCUCCACGCCUGGCACCGCCUAGACCUCACCCUCCCCACCAACACCACCACCACCACCCCCCAAACCACCAAAAAGAAAAAGAAGACCACCAAACCAACCACCACCCCCUCAGAACCCCCCCCACCCAACCCAGCCCCGUUAGACCCAAACGCCGACCCCGACGCAGAAGCCUUCUCCCCUUCCACCCUCGCCGCGCUGACGGCAGACCUCGUCAAGACGCGGCUGCUCCCGCUGCGGCCGACCCACGUGCUGAUCGAGCGGCAGCGGUUCCGCACGGGGGGCGCGGCGCCCAUCUUCGAGUGGACGCUGCGCGUCAACUCGCUCGAGGCCAUGCUGCACGCCGCGUUCGCCGCGCUGCGCGGGACGGCUGGUGGUGGUGGUGGUGGUGUGGAGUGGGAGUGGGAUGUCACGUCGGUGCUGCCGAAGACGGUGGCGGAGUUUUUGAUCCCGGUUGGGGAGGGUGCUGGUGCUGGUGCUGGUGUUGGUGGGGGGAAGGGUGAUGGGGAGGAGGUAAAGGGGAAGGGGAAGGGGAAGGCUACGGCGGGGAAGGCGUAUCGGACGUUGAAGAGGGGGAAGGUGGAUAUUAUGGGUGGGCUUCUGGAGGGAGGGGGGAUGGUGGUUGCGGAAAAGGGGCAGGCGAAGGAGAUGGUGAGCUUGUUUAUGGAUGGGGUGGAAAGGAGGGGGGGUGGGAAGGGGAAGGGUGGGAGGAAAAAGAAGGCCACUGAAACUGAAGCGGUUGAGAGGACCGAGGUGGCGGAGGUGGUGACCAAGAUGGAUGACUUGUCGGAUGCCGUAUUGCAGGGCAUGGUGUGGCUCCAGUGGCGGAGGAACUUAGAGGCGUUGAUCAAGGAGCGGCCGGAGUUGCUUGAAGAGGAGAAGGUAUAGCACACCAGAAACAGGGGCAUAUGUGAUUAUUACCAAAUAGGGGGCGAUAUAU